AUGACAAUAGCGCCGCCGAAGACCGUCAAGUGCGAGUCGAAGGCCGUCAACGCGGCCACUGCCCGUCCGAGCGGCGGCCGACGAGCGCACGCGGUCGUUGUCACCCGCGUGCCGUCCGCUCUGUGCGCCAGCGAAGACGCCGUGCGACAGCUCUUUGCCGCGUACGGUGCGCUCUCGUCCGUGACGAUCCACCACAACUUUCUGGAUAUGGCGCCCGACGGGUUCGUCUUCUUGGACUACGCGGACAAAGCAGCGGCCGAAGCGGCUGUCGCGGCGGUCGACGAACAGCGCGUGGGAGUCGCAGCCACUUGGGCGGCCAAUUGGACAGACGCAGUGCCGCCGUCGGCGCUCGCGCGGAUGGACGCGGCGCUGGCACUGGCGCGGGGAGUGCCACACGUCGAGGAGGACGAAGUCGUGACGGAUCUGCUGCUGGGCCGCCAAGAGGUCAACCGGUUCACGCAGAGCCAACAGGAGUGGGCACAGGAGGACGAUCUGAUUCUCCAGAGUCUGUCGCAGCACUCGCUCACGAGCUCACAGCCGAAGCAGAAGAAGCAGCAGAAGCAGAAGAGAGACAAGCGGCGGCAAACGGCGGAGAGUGGUGUUGAUGCGAGAGGAGCGAAGAAGACCCGAAGGUGA